AUGUUACCACCUGUGGAUAAUACGACGUUGGAGCGGAACCCCAACUUCGAGGUGCUAUAUAGAGAUUUGUGCGCGAGGAAGCUGAAUCCGGAUGGCUCAACGCGCGAUUCGAAGAAACAGAGGAUGCAUGGGGAGAUACGGCAGGAUCUAACGACACACCGCACAAAUGUCCACACUUCACAAAUUCUCUCUCAGACCCUCACCACUCUACCCUCCCGAUCGGCUACACUUCCACAAGACUUACACUCCCCAAUCGAUCUCGUCACAGCACAACUUACUGGCCAAAUCCCAGCCUCAGACCGCAACACUUUAGCUACCGACACACAGUUGUUUCUUUCAAACAUUGACAUCAUCUCUUUCGCGCUAUCCGAUCAGCUCAUCACUACCGCUAGUCUCCUGUGCAAGAUUGCAGACCCAAAAUCCCCUCCUGAGAUCGAAGAAUUGCGCUCAAAGGCCGAAGGACUUCGAAAUGCUGCAACCUUGGACCUAACCAAAGACCUAGCAGACGAAAAAGUCCAUCUCGCAAACUUGGCGCAUACCGUCCUGACCCUCCACUUCGACCUACUCCAAACCAGCAUCCUCAUCCUCGAACGCACACAGCAUGGCGCCAUCGCCCGCGCCACAUCCACCCACGCCGAGCACAUCGCUGCACGCGCUGCCUUGCUUGGCCUCCAAGCUAAGAUUCACACCCAUACGCAUCCGCCGCCAGCGGAGUUUGUGAAGGCUUUGAAGAAUUUCAAGGCUGAGCAGGGUAGUAGCGAGGCCAAGUUGAGGGAUAGGGAGGGCUUGGCGAGGAGGACGUUGGAGUUGUACGGGAGGGCGGGGGAGAGGGGGAUGAGGGAUUUGGCGGGGAGGAAGGAGGUAUUGUUGAACGAAAUUGGGAGGAUAGAGGGGAAAUUGAAGGUUUAG